UUCAUCUAUCCAAUUCGAGCCCUCCAGUUUCAGUAUGAACCCCCACCACCGCUCGCCGGAGUACAAUGCCCUCCUCCUUGCCGGUCCGCGCCUCGGCCCUUUAAAGCAAGCCCAUGCGCGCCUCGUCGUCGCCGGCUACGCGAGCUCCCUGCCCCUCACCACCAAGCUAGCCACCCUCGCAGUCGCGGCCGGCGCCGCCUCCUACGCUCACCUCCUCGCCGUCUCCCACCCCGCACCGGACUCCUUCCUUUUUUGCACCCUCACGCGUGCCGCUGCGCACCGCGGUCUCCCCGCCGCCGCUCUCACCUUCUACCGCAGCCUCCUCACCGCCGCCCUCCCCUUCUCCAGCUUCGCGUUCACCGCCGUUGCCAAGGCGUGCGCCGAUCUGUCUGCGCUCCGCGUCGGCAUGGCCGUCCACGCUCACGCUAUCCUCUUUGGGUUCGGCUCCGAUGGAUUCGUGCAGACAGCGCUUGUUGUGCUAUACUCCAAGUGCGGCCAACUGGCCGUUGCACGCAAGCUGUUCGAUGCAAUUCGUGACAGAAGCGUGGUCGCUUGGAACGUUAUGAUUUCUGGGUAUGAGCAGAACGGGCUUGCUGAGCGGGCAAUUGAGGUGUAUAAGGAGAUGCAGAUGGCUGGGGAGGCGCCUGAUUCUGCGACAUUUGUGGCCACACUAUCUGCUUGUGCACAGGCCGGUGCUCUGGACUUGGGACGUGAAGUGGAGAGACGCAUUGUUUCUGAAAGGAUGGACAUGAGUGUGUUUCUUGGUGCCGCCCUUGUGAACAUGUAUGUAAGGUGCGGGCUUGUGAACAAGGCUCGCGAGUGGUUUGACAAGCUCCAGGAACGAAAUGUGGUUACAUGGACUUCCAUGAUUGCAGGAUAUGGCAUGCAUGGACAUGGCCAUGAGGCGAUCAAACUAUUCCAUCUGAUGAGGCACGAAGGGCCACCACCCAAUGAUGUCACUUUUGUUGCAGUCCUAUCUGCUUGUGCGCAUGCUGGGUUGGUUAGUGAGGGCCGUGAUGCUUUUGCUACAAUGAAGGGUGUCUAUGGAUUGAUCCCUCGUGCUGAGCACUAUUGUUCUAUGGUUGAUAUGUAUGGAAGGGCAGGACUUCUUGAUGAUGCCAUGCAAUUUAUACACGACUCUAUACCUGGAGAACCUGGGCCUGAAGUUUGGACAGCUAUGCUUGGUGCAUGUAAGAUGCACAAGAAUUUCAACCUUGGAGUGGAGGUGGCUGAGCGAUUGAUUGCCCUUGAGCCUGAGAAUCCAUCUCAUCGCGUGCUGCUUUCUAAUAUUUAUGCUUUAUCUGGUAAAAUGAACCAUGUUGAGAAGGUAAGGAAUACCAUGAUCAAGAGAAGAAUGAAGAAGCAAAUAGGUUACAGCUUGAUUGAGAUUGGGGGUAUUGCCCAUUUGUUUCGCAUGGGUGAGAAGUCUCAUCCGCAAACUCGAGAUAUUUACCAAUAUUUGGAGGAACUAAUCCAUAGGAUUACUGAUGCUGGUUAUGUGCCUGAAACUGACUCGGUGCUGCAUGAAUUGGAAGAAGAGGAAAGGGAGUUUGCACUAAGAUAUCAUGGUGAAAAACUGGCUGUAGCCUUUGGACUCAUGAUGAGCGCUGGGAGCACAGCUCCAAUCAGGAUAAUAAAAAACCUGCGGAUAUGCGGGGAUUGCCAUCUAGCUAUCAAAUAUAUGUCGGCUGUGGAGAAUCGAGAGAUAAUUGUCAGAGAUAAGCAUCGGUUUCAUCAUUUCAAAGAUGGAAAGUGUUCUUGUCAGGAAUAUUGGUGACAAGGUCUCCCGUUGUAAGCUAAAAUGUGCAAGAUGUUAGUUCUCAUUGUCGACCAUACAUGAUUCCAGGUAACUGCAAUGUUGCUGCUUUGUAACCGAAGCAUCAAGAUAGUAGGUUGCAGAGCGGGCUCUGAUUUUCUUGGAACGAGCUACCCUGUGCACAUCCAAGAGCCUACCGAUUCUAAUGGAGUUUGGGCAUGUGGCAAAGUUGAUUAUGCCCUCAGUUCUCAACGAUGCUCUGAACCAAUAGUAUAACCAGUCUGAAUCAGUAAUCUGAAUUUCGUAUGAUCGUCCAUGCAGACCAAAGAAGCUGGUUGACCCUGAGCUGUUGCCAAUCAAUCUAGCAUGCUACUUGCUGAAGAUCAGUUUGUCGUGCUUGAGGCUGCCGUGGUGCUUCAGGGCUGUCUCUUGUUUGCGCUUUGGUUCCUGGCUUCCUGCACAGGAAGUUGCGAGCUUCACCGUUGAUG